AUGCUCGACCCUUGUCGAAGAGAUGAUCUUCACAGAUUAAGCGAUUGCACUUGGAGAGUACAGGAGAGUAUGCCAUGUAUCACACGUGAUCCGCGCUCGUCUGCAUCGAACCCAGACCCAUCGCACACCAUCCGUCCAGACACAAGGAUAAACAAUGACCAUCGGGGAGGCAAGGGUAUGUGGCUUCGUGAGAUAGAGUUGAAGAGUGGGAAGAGCUUAGGAGGCCCUCGUUGA